AUGAAGAGGUUAUUAUUUAAUUCAUCCAUUUUCUCUAUGGAAAGUGCCUUGCAAUGUUCAAGACGUUACAACCUAUUGGAGCAUAAAACAAAGGGUUCAAUGUUCAUGAAACAUUUGGAUUUGUACGCUCGGCGAGAUCCUCAGUUGGCGCCAUAUUUACUUAGGGAAGUGGAUAUUGAGUAUAAAAGGAAAUGUCGUAAGGUGUCUUUUUGUAUUUGGAUGUGCGUAUUUACCGUUGUUACGGCUUUUCAAAUGCGUAUGCAGGGUGAGCAAUUGCACUAUUUGCGUUUGUAUGCGGAUUGUGUUCGGGCUGAACAGGAUGCGAAAGAUGAGGAUGAAAUUCGACGAAGAAAGGCAUUUGUAGCUGUAGUAAAUGUUGUUAGAGAUGCUUUUGAUCGAGAUCAAAAAUGGAGUAGGAGUGAUCAUGAAAAGGCCCUAAAAGUGUUAUAA